AUGUAUGUGUGUGUGGCACAGGUAACCCUGCACGACUGCCUGGCCUGCAGCGGCUGUAUCACCUCGGCCGAGACGGUGCUGCUGCAGCAGCAGAGCGGGGACGAGUUCCUGAGCCGGCUGGCUGACCCGCACACCACCGUGGUGGUCACUGUGUCGCCGCAAUCGCGAACGGCGCUGGCGGCCUAUUACGGAUUGUGUCCAAGUCAGGCGCUUGCUCGUCUUGUUGGUUGGUUAAAGUGGUUGGGUGUACGGGCGGUUUGGGAUCUCACAACCGCCCGGGACCUCGUUCUUCUGGAGGAGGCGGCGGAGUUCAUGAACAGGUGGGUUUGUAUGUAUGUGUCUGCAGGGCCCCUGCCGGUCAUGGGAUCCUCAUGUCCAGGUACGGGCUGGGUGUGCUACGCGGAAAAGACCCAUGGGACACGAGUGUUGCCGUACCUCUCCACCACUCGCAGCCCUCAGGGUGCCAUGGGUGGACUGGUAAAAUCACUGGUGGCGGCAGCCUGGGGAGUGACCCCUGGGUCAUUGUACCACGUCACCAUUAUGCCGUGCUACGACAAGAAGUUAGAGGCGUCACGGGACGAGCUCACAACCACCGCAACCACCACAACCGCCGCCGGGACGGAUGCGGCCGGGGCUGGGGCGGCUGUUGGAGGUCCACUUCCGGAGGUAAUGGUACGGCACGCGACCGCCGCGCCUGAUCCGCUACUGCCAGGCGUCGUACCCGCUGAUGAUCAAUUGUACAGCUUGCCGCACGGCAGCAGUAGCGGCGGCUAUGCGGAUUUUGUGUUCCGUACGGCAGCCCGGGAGCUCUGGGGUGUGGAGGUGCCGCCGGGGCCGCUGCCGUGGCGCACGAGGCGUAACGCCGACUUACAGCCCCGGGUAGGGGCCCCGGGGCAGUCGCUCGUAGUGGCGCGAGUGUACGGCUUCCGUAAUAUCCAAACGUUGCUACAGCAGUUAAAGCGGGGUCGCUGUCCCUAUCACUACGUGGAGGUCAUGGCGUGCCCCAGUGGCUGUCUGAACGGGGGAGGUCAGAUCAAGCCGGGGCCGGGGGUAACUCCCCAGCAACUGAUCGAGCAACUGGAGCUGCUGUACGACGUGGCGGCACGCUCUCCGGCCGACAACCCCGCCGUGGCGGCGCUGUACGGCAGCUGGCUUGGCGGGCGGCCCGGUGCGCCACCCGCCCGGCAGCUGCUUCACACGACCUUCCGCGAACGGGAGAAGACUGUGACUGCGGCCACCGUCACCAACUGGUGA